GGAUGUUGCAGGAGGCGGCGGCGGCCGUGGUGGCGGCGGCGGCGUCGUUGUUGGCGGCCUCGCGAGGGGGAGCGGUGGCGGCUGAGGCGCCCGCGGGUGGUCUAAAAUGGCGGAUUCCGAGGAGUUGAGGAAUAUGGUUUCUAGUUUUAGGGUUUCUGAACUACAAGUGUUACUAGGCUUUGCUGGACGGAAUAAAAGUGGGCGCAAGCAUGACCUCCUGAUGAGGGCACUGCAUUUAUUGAAGAGUGGCUGCAGCCCUGCUGUUCAGAUUAAAAUUCGAGAAUUGUAUAGACGCCGAUAUCCACGAACUCUUGAAGGACUUACUGAUUUAUCCGCAAUCAAGUCAUCCGUUUUCAGUUUGGAUGGUAGUUCAUCACCAGUAGAACCUGACUUGGCUGUGGCUGGAAUCCACUCGUUGCCUUCCACUUCAGUUACACCUCAUUCACCAUCAUCUCCUGUUGGUUCUGUGCUGCUUCAAGACACUAAGCCCACAUUUGAGAUGCAGCAACCAUCUCCAAUUCCUCCUGUCCAUCCUGAUGUGCAGCUGAAAAACCUGCCCUUUUAUGAUGUGCUUGAUGUUCUCAUCAAGCCCACAAGUUUAGUUCAAAGCAGUAUUCAACGCUUCCAAGAGAAGUUUUUUAUUUUUGCUUUGACACCUCAACAAGUUAGAGAGAUAUGCAUAUCAAGAGAUUUCUUGCCAGGUGGUAGGAGAGAUUAUACAGUCCAAGUCCAGCUGCGACUUUGCCUGGCAGAAACAAGUUGUCCUCAAGAAGAUAAUUAUCCUAAUAGCCUGUGUAUAAAAGUGAAUGGAAAGCUCUUCCCUCUGCCGGGUUAUGCGCCACCACCUAAAAAUGGGAUUGAACAGAAGCGCCCUGGACGCCCCUUGAAUAUUACGUCUUUAGUUAGGUUGUCAUCAGCUGUGCCAAAUCAGAUUUCUAUUUCAUGGGCAUCUGAAAUUGGAAAGAAUUACUCCAUGUCUGUAUAUCUUGUACGACAGCUCACAUCAGCCAUGUUAUUACAGAGAUUAAAAAUGAAAGGUAUUAGAAACCCUGAUCAUUCCAGAGCACUAAUUAAAGAAAAACUUACUGCAGAUCCUGAUAGUGAAAUUGCAACCACUAGUCUUCGGGUGUCCUUGAUGUGUCCUUUGGGAAAGAUGAGACUGACAAUCCCAUGCCGUGCAGUGACUUGUACACAUCUGCAGUGUUUUGAUGCUGCACUUUAUCUACAAAUGAAUGAGAAGAAGCCCACCUGGAUUUGUCCUGUUUGUGACAAAAAAGCUGCCUAUGAAAGUCUGAUAUUAGAUGGGCUUUUUAUGGAAAUUCUCAAUGACUGUUCUGAUGUGGAUGAGAUUAAAUUCCAAGAAGAUGGUUCUUGGUGUCCAAUGAGACCGAAGAAAGAAGCUAUGAAAGUCUCCAGCCAACUGUGUCCAAAAAUAGAAAGUUCAAGUGUCUUCAGUAAGCCUUGUUCAGUGACUGUAGCUAGUGAAGCAAAUAAGAAGAAAGUGGAUAUUAUUGAUCUAACAAUAGAAAGCUCUUCUGAUGAAGAGGAAGACCCUCCUGCCAAAAGGAAAUGCAUCUUUAUGUCAGAAACACAAAGCAGUCCAACCAAAGGGGUUCUCAUGUAUCAGCCAUCUUCUGUAAGGGUGCCCAGUGUGACUUCGGUUGAUCCCGCUGCUCUUCCACCUUCAUUAACAGACUACGCAGUACCAUUCCACCACACGCCAGUAUCAAGCAUGUCAUCAGACUUGCCAGGUUUGGAUUUUCUUUCCCUUAUUCCAGUUGAUCCCCAGAAGUGCCCACAUGAGGACUCCAUACUUCACUUACGACAAGAGACAUAUGACUUCAGAAUUUGUGCCACUCCAGAGAGCUGACUUGUUUUGCUUGGUCUUUCAUACCUUCUCAACUUCUAGUGUCCUUUGUGUGCUUUUUUUCUGUACUAAUGUGAUAUGUAGUUCUCUUCCUCUUUACCUCUUUGGCUGCAUCACCCCAUGUAUCCUUUUGGUGUAACUAUUAUCAUUACAAGUAUGCAAAGCAGGGCCAGCCCCUGAGCUCCCAGCAGGACUUGCACCACAGUCCAGUUGCUGGCUUCUUAGCCUUUAGAUUAACAAUCUGCCCAGAUUCAGAAUUACUUCCUACAAAAUUUUAUGUUGAUGCUAUAAGUACACAGUUUCUGUUACCUCUGUAAUUAGAUUUUUUUUUUAACUGACCUGGCUUGUGUGGCAUAAUUUGUUAAUAAAGAAGCUAUCCUAGUUGUUUGCAUUUUGUUGCCAAUAUAUUAGAGUUUCACAGACUCCCUUACUCAAUUUAAUGAACAAAGUUUUAUAAGUAAGUGGAAAUGUUAAGUGAAACGAUUAGUUCUUGUAACUGAUACUCUGCAUUUGUAGUUGUGAUAACAUUUUUUUUUGUUACUUUGAUGCGAACAGUUUUAGUGUUCAUUUCUGGUGCUUUACACUGAGAUUAUGUAAAAUUUUAUUUUACCUCAGGCACUUAACACUUAAAUAGAUUCAAGUUUAUAAUAUUAAACUUGGGACUUAACUUUAGGUAUUUUUGAAGACAUACACUUUAUGCCCUUGGCCUGUGGCAAUGUUAUGAUUGUAUGCUCUUUCUUUAAUAUGCUCAUUUAUUUGAUAAAGGUCUUGACUUUUUUUGUAGCGGUGUCUUUCUAGGCCAGAUUUCUAUUUAACCAAGUAUAGUGGAGCUAGAGAAACAUGCUUGUUAUUGCUAGAGUGUCUUUACUCAAGGAAAUGAGCCGUAGUAAUGCUUUUGCAGUCAUCUAGAAGUACCAGGACUUUCCUUACUUGGUGAUACCUGACAGUGUGACCGCUGCUGCACAUAGCUUCUCAUGUAAGAUCUCCUUUCACUUACUAGCUUCCUGGGCCCCAGCUGAGUCUCUUUGAGACUCUGUUUUCUGCCUGAAAUUAUAAAUAAUUGGUAUCUGUCCUAGGUCCAGUGAGGUGGAUUUAGGCACUGUGGCAUUUAUCUCAUAAUCUGUUCCAGGAAAGCUGCCAUGCAAAUGUGAUACAUAGAUAAGGGAAUAUUGACAAUAUAACUUGAUGUAAGGCAAGGUUCCCUUAGGAUAGACUUGAGGGAUUUAAACAGUAGUGGUGACAGCAUCUGAAUUUGCUAUGCCUUCAGAGCAGUCCUGGACUCUGCUUAUCUUUGUCUUCUGCCUAUGAAGAAUCUAUUAGUUGCAUUUGUAUUUUUAAGUAAAAUUGGUUUUCACAAAA